CAAUGAACAUCCGAAGAAGACCAUGGUUCCGCCCACUGUGUACACUGUAGUGUAGUGGUAGUACACGCAUAGCUUUUCAUUAUUUGAAACACUGGCUCGUUCUUUUGCCAGUAAAAUACUACUAAAUUUGGUUUUUCCAGCACGCAGCCAUGUCUAACCACGACUCCGUCAACAUGAAGCUUCCAGCUAUACAAUCCACGGCUGGAGCCGUGCCCGUCCGGAAUGAGAAAGGCGAGAUCUCAAUGGAGAAGGUGAAGGUAAAGAGAUACGUGUCGGGCAAGCGUCCAGACUACGCACCGAUGGAGUCAUCAGAUGAGGAAGAGGAGGAUUUCCAGUUUGUCAAAAAGGGAAAGGAAAUGGAGCCCGAGUUGGAACAGGAGGAAGAGGAUGUAUCAGACCCCCGUCUAAAGCGUUUGCUCAACCGUGUCUCUGAGGACGUGGAGGAGAGGCUUGCGAGACAUCGACAGAUAGUGGAGCCUGAAGUCGUCGCAGAGAGCAGCGAAGACUCUGAUGAAGGCACGUGGCAUCCACAACGGGAGGAGAGCAGCGAGGAUGAAGAAGAGGAAGAGGAAGAAGUUGACGAUGAGGAAAUUGAGAGGCGUCGAGCAAUGAUGCGGCAACGAGCUUUGGAACGCAAGACAGAAGAGAUGGAAGUCAUGGAGGUGGAGGAGGAAGGCAAAUCCGCGGAGGAAUCUGAAUCAGAGUCUGAAUAUGAAGAAUAUACAGAUAGUGAAGAUGAAGCGGAGCCCAGACUUAAACCAGUCUUCAUCCGCAAAAAGGACAGAGUGACGGUAGCAGAGCGGGAAGCAGAGCAGCAAAAGCAACGAGAGCUGGAGGCAGAGGCCAAGAGGCAACAGGAAGAGCGGCGACGCUACACACUGAAGAUAGUAGAAGAGGAGGCAAAGAAAGAAUUUGAGGAGAAUAGGCGCAGUCUGGCCGCUCUGGAUGCUCUCGACACGGAUGGUGAGAACGAGGAAGAGGAGUACGAAGCCUGGAAAAUUCGUGAACUGAAACGAAUUAAGAAAGACCGAGAAGCUAGAGAAGCGAUGGAGAAAGAAAAGGCAGAAAUUGAGCGAUUCCGUAAUAUGAAAGACGAGGAGCGCAGGGCUGAGCUCCGCAACAACGGUAAAGUCAUCACCAACAAAGCGUCCAAAGGCAAAUACAAGUUCCUUCAGAAGUACUACCACAGAGGAGCCUUCUUUUUGGAUGAGGAGGACGAAGUUUACAAGAGAGACUUCAGCGCACCCACUCUGGAGGAUCACUUCAACAAAACCAUUUUGCCCAAAGUCAUGCAGGUUAAAAACUUUGGGCGGUCAGGACGUACCAAGUAUACCCACUUGGUGGAUCAGGAUACCACAUCGUUUGAGUCUGCGUGGGCUCAGGAAAGUGCUCAGAACAACAAGUUCUUUAAGCAGAAGGCAGCGGGAGUAAGAGACGUGUUUGACAGACCUACUGUGAAGAGGAAGAAGACUUAAAAUUUGUGCUCCCUGCCUUUGCCAGGACUUAGUUUUGUAUAGAACACAGAUUGUUUGGAUUCUUUUGAUCCAUCUUAAAAAACUGAAAACUGGUGUGUUUAGUUUUCACUGUUUGACCAAUAACCAUUGUUCAUUGUCCAAAGGGAAGUUGAUGGGUCAAGAUGUACAUUAAUUUUGUACAUAGUCACCAAGUAAUGAGUUUGAAUUAAAUAAUUGUUCUUUUUUUCAUUGCUCAUGCAUAUUUGUGAAAAGUUUUUUUUUUUUUUAUAAAAACAUAAAAUAAAAUGUAUUUUCAUAGUUUUAAGGUGUGAGCUUAAUGUAACCAAACACACAAAGACGAUGUAUUUUUAUUUAUCUUUAUUGUGAAACCCCUACCCCCCAAAAUGAAAAACAACACAGCAUAUCUAAUUUGAAUAGUUCAAUGUUAAUGAAGUUGGACAAAACUGGUGACUGAGUCCUGUGUUUGUUCAGCUAGUCAGAGCCACCAGAGCUUCCACCACAUUGCCCAUGUGUUCUCUCAGACUGCGCUCUGCUGCAAACCUGGAAAUCUCCAUCUCGGACAUCUGAAGCACAAAAUGACCAUCUGAUCACCAAACAUUUUUUUGAAAUGCUGAAAUUUGAGAUGUUACAUACCGUACAUAGGGGGUUAACAAUUACAAGUUAACCAGAUAAUUUUACAGCAAUAAAAUGCUCUUUUGUGUCAAUGCCUUAUAUUUGAUUGGAAGUGUAUACUGUAUAUUCUUAACAUAGCUUAGAAGGACUUUCUACCUAAAAAGAGAACAUGCUGCCAAUCUUAAAAUCUCAGUCAACUGCUUAUAUCGGAUUGAAUCCUAUUCUUAAACUUGGUUGCCAUUAUUUCCCCAAGUAUACCAGCUUGUAAUUUAAUGCCCUAAAAUGUAAACAAUCCAAUUUUUGGGGACAUGCCAACUUCAACCCCGAACAUAUCUAAAUGAUUGCCUUAAAAUUUGGGAUUUUGUGAACGUACUAAACUUUUGCUUCUGAAAUGACUGAACAAA